GUGUUUACUCUCUAAUUCUGCCCAUUGCCCCUUCCCUAGUCCUAUUUCAACUCUAUAGGUUGCUGAGUAUGGAACACAUUCAUGUAGGUUCAUGAGGUGACCUCAGCCUGACAUCCUGUGUAAGUGUUGCUGGAUGUGUGGUAGCUAGCUAGACCUGUGAAUGUUUUUUUUUUUUUGGAUAUUUUUUUAAGCUUGUACUGUAUUGUCUUUGACACACACAGCUUCUCAUUUUGUCCCAGAAAUAAUUGUGAUAAUUGACACUAUUGUAAUUUUAAGACCACAUUAUAUCAGUGAUGUUAUGAACAUGAACUACUAUCAUAAUAAUGCAAAUGUAUAAUUUUAUACUUUUAAUGGACAACAGUGUUUAAUUUGAAAAUAGAUAUCCUAAAUAAACAUAAAAGAAUUACAAUAAUAACACUGCAUUUAUACCUGUUCAUGUCACUGGCUUAUUCACAUUAAUGGGCUGUCCUUCCUAAGAAAACAUAAUAAGCCAUGUCAAUAUAUUUAGUCAUGACUAUGUACUGUACAGUAAGUCGAUAAUGUAAUUAUAGUGGUAGCAAUUUUACACGAUUGCUGUCAUUUAGUACUUAUUGUUCCUUUAACAUCAAAAAUAUUAUUUUUAGCAGUGUCUUAUAAUAGCUACUUUUGUUUCAAUGGAAGAACUGUUUUUGUAUGCAGUAUGAAGAAUCAUUUUAAUUUGUAAUGUGUCUUUACACAGACACCUAUACAAAAUAUACAGUAUUUACAAAAAAGGGUUCUUUAUGGGACCAAAAUGUAUUUUUUGUGGCAUUUUCUGAGUACUGCAUGCCUUUCACCUCUCACACCACUUUUCAUUCACCCUCCUGACUCCCAGUGUAAGGUCCAGACCCGCAGUGCUCUUUGACAUGGAAAGGGCCUUCAGUACAUUAAACAUUCAGCACCACAGCAGUGUAACCUCCUAUUACAUCUCCAGCUUUAGAGCUCUUCAGCUACUAAUUAUUGUUUCCAAAACUGAACCUCUUUAGAGUAUUGUUUUCUGGGGGACUUCAGUUCAGAUCGUUUUCCAGUGGAAAAUACACAGAAUGCACACAUGAUCCAACCCUCCUUUGUAUCAGUUUCGCUUCUGCUGUAGCUCCAGGGUAAAUUCUGUGGAAAGUUGGUUUGCUUCGUUGCAGUUUCACAGAAAUUCACUUAACGACUUGCAGGCAAUUGUGGAAAGUUAUUAUUUCCUUGUAUGUUACACACAGUACUUGUAGGUUAAGGUUUUGAAUAUUUUUUAAACUGGAGUAAUGAGGCAUUUCCCUUUUCUUUCUGUUCCCUCCUUUUCUCAGUUCUGAGUCCAGAUGACUCUCAGUUACAGAUAACUUACAUUUUACUGUGUUCUGAAACUAUCACUUUAUAUUCACAGCAGUGUAUUAGCAUUAGUUCUGCUGAAAUGUCAGUUUUUUUGUGUCAAAUCCAAAUUAAAUGUGUGAAUAGCAAUGGCCCUGGGUUACCAGUUGUAUUAGCUUCCAUUAAAUGUUUUUUUAACAUUCAAGAAUUUGAUGCAGUAUGACAUUAUGCUUAAUGGUGAUUAUUUGUACCUAAACAAACAAGCAAAAAACAAAAUCUGCUUACAGGGAAGUAGUUCAAAAUAUAUUAAUAAUGAAUCAGUUCCAAGUUUCCAACACUCAACUGGUUUGUCUUGAUGUUCUGUGGAAUUCUUCAAAUGUUGAGUUGUUUGUAAUGAGGCCAUAGGUGUUGUUAACUGCUUAUGUCUCACAGUGUAGCUUGUUGUAAAGGCAACACUGCACAUUGAAAUACUGCGCCACCCUCUUUACUCUGCUAAACUAGGCUGGGUUUGCCUGGCACACUACCAUAUAAUCAGUUGCCUCUAGGAACUUUCUUGGUUUUCCAUAUCAAAUCCUGACCUCCACAGUUCCCUUGAACUGCUAUCACUUAAUAACAUACUCCACUGUAGAACAAGCUAGCUCAAAAAGCUUAGCCUUCCCUUUCUUGUGGGCAUCAGUUAGACUACUUUCAAAUCUUUAAUUUCAGACAGUUCCUAAGAUGAGCUAAUGGUUGCUGAACACUUAAAGAUGUUUACGCUUGUGUGCCACAUGUAAUGAGACAGGAACUAAUAUUGUGUCCUAUGAUUUUUUACCAACUUCCAAAGAAUGCCACACUGACUGGUACGACAAAACAUUUUCCCAAAACAUUCCCUGAGGAAACACUUAAUUUGCAUACUGCUGAUCUGAUUUGCUAUUCAAAGUUUUAGAUUUUUCGAAGAUCUCACAUUUGUUUUGACUAAAUGGACCAAAUGGAAAAAAUGUGAUAUAUGUUUAUUUCUUUAUAUAAAAGAGAGACGUCAGGAUAUCAUUAAGAAAAUGGUGGUGUAUGUUUAUAUUAGCUACAGAGGCUGUGAUCACCAUUCUCUAUAAACAAAAUAAUGUGUAAUUUAUCCAAAUUUAGUACUUAUUCAAAGUUUCAGAAUCAGUCAGAAUGUCCUAGGCCUCUAAAAGGUUUUCUUGUUCUGUAGCAGGAGGUAUCAUCUGUGUUGUUUACGCCUUUCAGACGAAUGAAUCAGUGACUUAAUAAUGUGGCUGUGUUAGUCAUGCUACACCUUAAUGCUCUGUAAGCUAACCCUCCAUUCAUUGCGAAGGAGAAUGUUGUCAGUGUUGUGCGUCACUGAUCCUGAGAUAUCAGUCUGGUGUUGUUAUGAUUAAAUGGAGGUGGUCUUGUGUUUUUGAAGAAGUUUGAGAGACUCAAACCAGCUCCAGAAUGAAUUCAAGACACAGCAGGGGCAGUCGCAGCUUGCUGGUUUUGUAAGGAUGGGACAGUGAUCAACAGAGCCACCUGUUCCACACAGACAGUCACCCAGCUUCCCAGCUUAAAGGGAUUUCAGUAAGCACAAACAGCCCAGCAAAGGAGUUCAUUUGUCUGUCUGAUACUGCUACCUCUCAUUGCUUUUGUCAGACUGCAGGCCGAUUCAGAAAGGAGAGUGGAACAAACUGGAGCAGCUCGGCUCAGCAGUGUAACCUGGAGAAUACAGCUGCGGGAAUAGAGGACAUUAGCAGCAAACAAGCCUCCUGAAAGUAUCGGAAGAGGACAUCUUUACUAGCCUUUUUUAUUUAUUAUUUUAUUUUUAAUGGUUAUAGAAUAUAGCAAAUAAAUGUAUAGAUGAUUUUGUGUUUUAUGUAUUUUUAAAAAUAUCAGUUUCCAGUAACAGUAAGUACAUUUUUGACUUGUUAGUAUUGCUUAUGUAAUUGUUUGGCAAUCGGCCUACUUGACUGUUAAGAGAACAAACUUGUAGGACAGCGAGGGGACUUUUUCAGUUUCUCUUUCCCUUCCUUUAGCCUUGCUGUGUGAAGGUUAUCUUUCCGCUGAUUGUAUUAUCGCUGGUUCCUGGUUAAACAAAGAAGGAAGAUAUGACUGUAUGACUGGAAUCGAAUCCUCCAUCAGUGUCAGUAACAGGAAUUCACUUCCUUUUUGGACAGUUAGGGUUUUUUUAUUUUGGUAUCAGAAGUACGUAAGUGUUCUUCAGAAACAGGGCUGUGUAGGACUGAACAACUGAGAAUUAGAAAUCUUACACAAGUUUGUGUGGGAAGAUUCAGCAUUAAAACCCAGAGAGCCUUACAAGGACACAAGGCUCCAUCAGGUCAUUUCUGGGCAAUGGGAUCAGAAAAAGACUCUGAAUCACCUCAUUCGUCUGUCAGUGGCAUUCCCAAUCCCAAAUGUCGUGGACCGGGCAAGAAGCAGAACAGGAUCUCCUUCUCUAGCCUCUUCCACAGUAAACGGAGUUCUAGGGGCAGCAAAGCUAGCGUGGGCACACCUUCCCAGCAGCUUCACCAACAGCAGCAACUCCAACAGCAACAGCAGCAGCAACAGCAACUUCUUCAGCCUUCUACACCUACCGCAAAUGCAUCCCCGGACCCCCCAACCACCGGCGACUCAGCCGAGCCUUUGUCCUCCAGCCAGGCAUCACUGGGAGGACAGGAUCUUCUGGAAUGCCCACUGUGCCUGGUGCGGCAGCCCCGAGAUCAGCUGGCUGAGCUGCAGGGCUGCAGUCACCGCUCCUGCCUCUGCUGCCUGCGCCAGUACUUGCGCAUCGAGAUCACAGAGAGCCGUGUACAGCUCAGCUGCCCCGAGUGUGCAGAGAGGCUGGCCCCCAGGCAGGUGGCCCUCAUCCUGGACGAUCCUGCCCUGCUGGAGAAGUAUGAGGAGUUUCUGUUAAGGCGAUGCCUCGCCUCGGAUCCCGACUGCCGCUGGUGCCCUGCCCCAGACUGCGGGUUUGCAGUCAUUGCCUCAGGUUGUGCCAGCUGUCCCAGACUGGUAUGCCGCAGGGAAGGGUGUGGCGCGGAGUUCUGCUAUCACUGCAAGCAGGCCUGGCACCCCAACCAGACAUGUGAUUCAGCCCGGCAGCAGAGGGCACUCUCCCUGAGAACACACAGUACCCACUCGCCCAGUUACACAGCCGAGCAGGGUCCCACUGAUGACAUCAAGCCCUGUCCCCGAUGCGGAGCCUACAUCAUCAAGAUGAACGACGGCAGCUGUAAUCACAUGACCUGCGCCGUGUGUGGCUGCGAGUUCUGCUGGCUCUGUAUGAAGGAAAUCUCCGACCUGCACUACCUCAGUCCAUCAGGUUGUACCUUCUGGGGAAAAAAGCCAUGGAGUCGCAAGAAGAAGAUCCUGUGGCAGCUGGGAACUCUGAUUGGUGCCCCAGUAGGCAUCACACUAAUUGCUGGCAUUGCAGUGCCUGCCAUGGUUAUUGGCAUCCCGGUUUACGUAGGGCGUAAGAUAUAUGCUCACUAUGAAGGGAAGAAGACCUCUCAGCACAGGAGAAACCUGGCCAUCACGGGGGGUGUGGCCCUGUCCAUUAUCACAGCACCAGUUAUUGCUGCUGUCAGUGUGGGUAUUGGUGUACCCAUCAUGCUGGCAUACGUGUAUGGUGUGGUGCCAAUCUCCCUCUGCCGUGGCGGGGGCUGUGGAGUCAGCAGAGGGAAGGGACGUGGUGUCAGGAUUGACUUUGAUGAAGACGAUGGGCCCAUUACAGUUGCUGACGCAUGGCGUGCACUGAAGUCUCCCAGUCUCGGUGAAAGCAGUCUGGAGGGAGGGGCCAGCGGCCUCAGCACCACCUCACCAAGUGAAGGCAUGUCUGUGGCCCCUGGGGGCUUAGGGGACACGCCCCACUUCAACACAUUAGCAGGAGGAGCUCUGGGAGCUCGAACAGGAAAAUACAGCAGGCUGGAGGUUCAAGGUGCUGAGCUCGGAAAGGAAGGUGUACGAGAGACAGGAAGCUUGGGAGCAGCCAGUGAUUGUGCAAGCACUCGAGGCAUGGCCGGCUCCAUAACUUCCUCCUACACCUUACCUGACAGGGAAGGCACAAACCUUGAGAUUCAGGUGGACAUCGAAACCAAACCCAGCCAUCUGUGUCUAACCAGCGAAGAGGAUCUGGCUCCACCCACUGCUGCCAUGGCCCAUGGUUCGGGGGAGGAGCCUCAGGACUGCAGCUCCCGCAAAGGCGGAGUUUUAUCCGGCUCGUCUCUGGGCCUGUCACCCGGGGGGUCACUCAGGGAGGGGCUUCGUGACGUCACACUUGCUCAGCCAGAGAGCAUCCGCAGCGACCUGGAGAUGUCCGACACGCAGUCAGACGACAUAGCUGAGUUGACGUCAGAUGACUGUGACUCCCCCCGCCCCAAAAGCGCCCGCCCACCUCCUCCGCCCCAGACCACCUGCCGAGCCUUGAACUCCAGCGACGGCCUGCACUGUCCCGACGUCAUCCUGUACGUGUGAGGGAGUGAGAGGCUCUCGCUGUUGCACAGACCUAGCUGUUUAUUACUGCUUUUAUCUGGUUUAUUUGCUGCUUUUUGUAACGAUUAUAACACACCUUAAUGGUUCAGGCGAUUCGGUGGCAUGCGUCUGCCUGACUGCCUGUGGCUCUGUUCCUGUCUGCCUACAGAACUACAGACAGGGCUCUACCUCUACAACUAUUCAUACUGUUAGUAGUUCAGAAAGUUGUUUGUUUACUUUUUGGUGCGAAAAAUGCCUUGGCUAUUUAAGCAAAAAAAAGAAAAAGAGAGAAAAAAGGAUAAAUUGUAGGUACUACAAUCGCCACAAAUAUCCUGCGAGCGAGGAUAAAAGAAAAACAAUGCUACAAAGUGAAAUAUCACCAAGCACACAUUUACAGUAUAUGAGGAACUGUGGGGAGUGGGGAGGAUUUAGAUGGAUUACAGUGUUUUCUAUGUAUGUUGGAGUGUGAAUGUUUUUUUUUUUCAUUCAUUUUUUUUUUCUUAUUUAUAACUAAGCGACCCGGAAAAUUGUACGACUCGCUGCAUGCAUGUAUAUGCAUGACCUGCGCUUGUAUACGAGGGUAAAAGGCUAGUACGUAGUGGUUGCACUGACCAGGUUUGCACAGUGACGAGAUGUAAAUGGACCUGCACUCGAGUCUCACCUGCACAAAGAGCGGAAUUCAGAGAUGGGAGCCGGUCGUUGUUAAAGGAGAUUGAUCACUUUCCCCCAAGCAGACGGUUUCUCCCAGAUCAUUGUCUGCCUGCCUUACAGACGACGCUCACGCUCCCAGUCCUUUUCCCCACUGACUGACUGUCUGACUCACUGACAACACUGUCUGUGCCCACCUGUCUGCUAUAUGCUAUGGGUGUGUGAGAGUGAGAGUGUCUUUUUAUUUGUUUGUAUUAAAGUAUAAAUGGAUUAAUGGCAUCGACAGUGGGGCAGGCCACCAGAUGCACUUUUCCCCCAUUUUUUUUUGGAAACCUAGCCCUGUGUCUACCCACCGCAAUGUGUUUGAAAUUAUACAUUUCUGAGUAAUAAACUGAAUUAAAUGGA